GCGUGGCGCUGCAGUCGUUUUGCACACAUAGUUUGACGUCGUUUGCCAAUUUUCCAGCAGAAUUUUGUGAAUUAUUGGAAUUUUCUCAUAGUUUUUCAGGAAGGAUGGUAAUUAUUUUGCUUUAGAAUUCACCAUGGAUGUAUCUGGGAUGUUCACAAUGAAGUUUCUUGCUUUACUUCUCCUUGUGUUUCUGGGUAUCUCGGAAGGAUCUCGUGUAAUUGAGCUGAGUGAUCGUUUCUUGGAUGUUCGGCAUGAGGGUCAGUGGUUUGUUAAAUUCUACGCCCCUUGGUGUGCUCACUGCAAACGUCUCGAACCAGUUUGGUCUCACGUUGCCCAGACGCUUUACAACACAAAUGUACGUGUGGGAAAGGUUGAUUGCACUCGAUUCACAUCUGUGGCCCAAGUCUUCAAUAUAAAUUCUUUCCCGACGAUAAUUUUCAUGAAGGAUGGCCUGGAGUUUGUCUACAACGGAGAACGUACCAAGGAGGAGCUAAUUCACUUUGUUAUGCGAAUGUCCGGGCCACCAGUGCAGCUUGUAACACGUACAGACAGUGUGGACAUGCUAAAAGCCAGUCAUCCCAUCUUUUUCUCCUACAUCGGAAAGCAGGAGGGCCUCCUAUGGGAUACUUAUGCUUCAGUGGCGGAAGUCUUCCAGCCUCAUGGAUUUUUCUAUGCUACCUCCUUUGAGAUUGCACGAGAUCACUUUGAUAUCGAUACCCUUCCUGCUGUGAUUGUGUACAAGGAGAGAAAUCAUUUCUACUAUCCACUUUCCGGUGAAUUGUCUUUCGUAGAGCCAUCCCACAUGAAUCGAACUCUCCAUGCGUGGGUGAAUGAAGAGAGAUUCUCAAUAUUCCCCAAAGUCACGCGAAGCAAUAUAAAUGAAUUGAUGUUGACAAGGAAAUAUCUCGUGUUAGCCGUUGUGGAGGAAAAUCGUCUGGCUGAGGUGGCAGCCCAUGAGCUGGAAUUCCGGGAUAUGAUUGAAUCCAUAAUCCGAAUGAAUCACGAUAAAUUUCAUUCGCGCUUCCAAUUUGGAUGGAUCGGUACACCAGAGUUGGCACAUUCCAUCGCAAUGGACACCCUGGCUACGCCUCAUCUCCUCGUCUUGAACUCCACAACGUCUGAGCAUCACAUUCCCGACGAUGAGCCAUUGAAAUUAACUUCAGAAGCCAUUCAGGUCUUCCUGGAGAAUAUUCACAACCAGAGCGCUCCUGUAUACGGUGGAAAUUCCUUCUAUGUACGCAUCUAUCGUACGUACUUUGAGGCAAAACGUUCCCUCAGUGAAAUGUGGCGAGGUAAUCCUGUGUUAACUUCGGUUCUCUUUGGCCUACCUCUUGGUUUUCUCUCGCUCAUCAUCUACUCCAUUUGCUGUGCUGAUAUCCUCGAUGCGGAUGAAGAGGACAUUGACACACACGAGAAGAAUGAGUAGAUGAUGAAACAUUAAUAUAGAAAAUUGUAGAUUUUCGAAGCUAGUCAAAAUUUUCCCAACAAGAAAAGAUCUCAUUUGGAGACUCCGUGUUCAGCUGAAGAAUUCCGCAAUGAAUUUAAUUGGAUUUGUUUUCUAAAUAGAGCUUUUCACGAGCAAUUUUUUAAUGGAAAAUGAACGAUUUUAAACGAAGGUUUCCACUUUUAUAUCAAACUUGCAGAGAAUAGAAAAAAAAAUCAAGAAAUUACAAUUUUUUCUACGAAAAUUCAUUGAGAAUUCUUCAGCUGAAGAAAACCUUUAAAACAAAGUGUUGGAGUAUCCUGAUUUUUUUUUAAAUUCUAAUAGAAUAAUGCGAAUAAUGUAAUAUUUAUACAGAAGAAAGGGAUAAUCUUUGUCCAAUUCGCAAAAUUAUGUUAAAAUUUUAUUUUCUCUGACAAAAUAAACAACCCUCGAGAUAUAA